GCCACCGCCGCCUCCCGUCCGCCGGCUCCCGCUGCCCGGUUUAUUUCACUUCGGGGAAGGGGAGGGAGGAGGGGAAGGAGGGCUCUGGUCGGUUGAGAGGGCUUGAAAAUUACGGGGUGUUUUGGCUUCCCCCUCCCCACUUCCAAAAAACAAAAACAAAAACGCGAAGCGAGGAGUCGUCCUCCCUCACGCUCGUUUCACCUCGGCGGCUCCGAAUGCGGGGAGCUCGGAUGUCCGGUUUCCUGUGAGUCUUUUACCUGACACUCGUCGCCUUUCCCCGCCACUGGUUGGGAGAGCGACUUGCAAAGUUGGAAACGCGGAGCCCCGGACCCGCUCCCGCCGCCUCCGGCUCGCCUAGCGGGGGCUGAUCAGGAGGAUAUCGGGGAAAGGGACGAGGAGGGGACCGCAGCAUCGCAGGGGCGCCCACGCCCCCACCCUGCCCCCGCCAGCGGACCGGUCUCCCCACCUCCCGGUCCUUCCACCAUGCACUUGCUGGGCUGCUUCUCUCUGGCGUGUUCCCUGCUCGUCGCUGCGCUGCUCCCGGGUCGGCGCGAGGCGCCCGCCCCUGCCGCCGCCUUCGAGUCAGGACUCGGCUUCUUCGACACGGAGCCGGACGCGGGCGAGGCCACGGCUUAUACGGGUGAAGAUUUGGAGGAGCAGCUGCGGUCUGUUUCCAGUGUGGAUGAACUCAUGACAGUACUCUACCCAGAAUAUUGGAAAAUGUUCAAGUGUCAAUUAAGGAAAGGAGACUGGCAACAUAAUAAAGAACAGUCCAAUUCCAACACAAGGACAGAAGAGAAUAUAAAAUUUGCUGCAGCACAUUAUAAUGCAGAGAUCUUAAAAAGUAUUGAUAAUGAGUGGAGAAAGACUCAAUGCAUGCCACGUGAGGUGUGUAUAGAUGUGGGGAAGGAGUUUGGAGCAGCAACAAACACCUUCUUUAAACCUCCAUGUGUGUCCGUCUACAGAUGUGGGGGCUGCUGCAACAGUGAGGGGCUACAGUGCAUGAACACCAGCACAAGUUACCUCAGCAAGACGUUGUUUGAAAUUACAGUGCCUCUCUCUCAAGGCCCCAAACCAGUAACAAUCAGUUUUGCCAAUCACACUUCCUGCCGAUGCAUGUCUAAACUGGAUGUUUACAGACAAGUUCAUUCAAUUAUUAGACGUUCCCUGCCAGCAACACUACCACAGUGUCAGGCAGCAAACAAGACUUGCCCCACGAAUUAUAUCUGGAAUAAUCACAUCUGCAGAUGCCUGGCUCAGCAAGAUUUUCUUUUAUCCUCUAAUGCUGGAGAUGAUUCUACUGAUGGAUUCCAUGACAUCUGUGGAUCCAACAAAGAGCUGGAUGAAGAAACCUGUCAAUGUGUCUGUAAAGGGGGUCUCCGUCCUUCCAGCUGCGGACCCCACAAAGAAUUAGACAGAAACUCAUGCCAGUGUGUCUGUAAAAACAAACUCUUCCCCAACUCAUGUGGGGCCAACAGAGAAUUUGAUGAAAACACAUGCCAAUGUGUAUGUAAAAGAACCUGCCCAAAAAAUCAACCCCUAAAUCCUGGGAAAUGUGCCUGUGAAUGUACAGAAAAUCCACAAAAAUGCUUCCUAAAAGGAAAGAAAUUUCAUCAUCAAACAUGCAGUUGUUACAGAAGACCGUGUACAAAUCGACUGAAGCACUGUGAGCAGGGACUUUCAUUCAGUGAAGAAGUGUGUCGCUGUGUCCCUUCAUUUUGGAAAAGACCGCAUAUGAACUAAGACAGUACUAUUUUCCAGCUCAUCCAUCAUUUUUCUAGCAUGGAGAAUUGUCUGUGUUGCCACAUUUAGAACUAUCUAUGAACAGAGACACCUCUGUGGGACCAUGGUAACAAAGACAAAAGUCCAUGUUUCCUGAACCAUGUGGAUAACUUUACAGAAAUGGACUGGAACUCAUCUUCAAAAGACCUCUUUUAAAGACUGGUUUUCUGCCAAUGGCCAAACAGCUGAGGUUUUUCUCUUGUGAUUAAAAGAAAUGACUAUAUAAUUUAUUUCCACUAAAAAUAUUGUUUCUGCAUUCAUUUUUAUAGCUAUAACAAUUGGUAAAGCUCACUGUGAUCAAUAUUUUUAUAUCUUUCAAAACAUGUUUAAAAUAAAAUGAAAAUUGUAUUAUAACCUGGUAAGUUCAGUCCAUUACCAUCUUACACAAUAUGCAAAAACUGAUACCAUGAAGGUACUGAUCUCACCCACUUUUUCUUCUUCUCUAAUCAAAUGCCAGAUUUUGAAUGCUACCAAAAAAAAAAAAAAAAUGUGAUUUUAUCAAAGGAAGUUUCAGAGGGACAAUAG